GAGCAUGGGAGCGUGGGAGUCUGUGCGGCGGCCGCUUUUAUUGUUGCCUCUUGGUGAGGCGUCGCUUUCUGGGGUUUCUGUCCGGGUAGGACGAGGCCUUCUAAGGUCGUUAGCCCCAGAGCGCUUUGUCCUGAUAUCCCUGUGGCGGCUUGAAGACACCCCCUCACCCCACCCCUCAGAUGGCGUCCACGCCCCCGAUGGCCGGGGCCCAGGGACCAGUGCUGUUUGAAGAUCUGGCUGUGUAUCAUUCCCAAGAGGAAUGUGUGAGUCUGCACCCUGCUGGAAGGUCCCUCAGCACAGAUGUUGCACAGGGGUGUUUGGAGGAUAUGGCUUUGCUGGGAGGGGAAAGUGAGUCUGAGAUGAAUCAGCAGUUAAGUCUAGAGUCUAUGGAACUUGAAGAGCUUGCCUUAGAAAAGUACUCCAUUGCUGUGCCCCUUGUCUAUUAUCCAGAAAAAUCCUCUGAGGAUGAAGUUGAAAGUCCAAAAGGGACAAUAUCAGGUGGAACAUCUACUUGCCAAAAAAGACUCAUAAGCCUUUUAGUUACCAUUGAAAAUCAUACCCCAUUAGUAGAACUAUCACAAUGUUUAGGAACCAGAACACUUUCUGAAAUCCUUGAUUUUCCCUGGGAAGAAGCCAAAAAUGUGUAUAAGUGUCCUGAAUGUGACCAAAGCUUCGGCAAUAAUUCAUACCUGGUUCUGCAUCAGAAAAUUCAUUUGGAAGAGAAAAAGUAUGAAUGUGGUGACUGUGGGAAAAUCUUCAACUGUAGAGCCAACCUGAGGACACACAAGAGAAUCCAUACUGGCGAGAAGCCAUACAUGUGUGGCGAGUGUGGCACCAGCUUCUGCCAGCACUCUCAUCUGUCUCGGCACACGACUAUCCAUGUAAAGGAGGAACCGUGUAUGUGUGGCAUGUGCGGGAGAGGUUUUCUGUGGCUCCCAGGAUUGGCACAGCAUCAGAAAACCUGUGCCGCAGAAAAGGCCCACAUGUGUGCUAAGCCUGGGAAAUAUUUUGGUCAGAAAAUGGAUCCAGCUUUGCAUGAGAAAAUGCACACCCUGGCACCCCAGUACCCGUGCACACAGGAUGGGAAGAACUUGGGACAGUCCCCACACCUUAACCUCCCCGAGGAGGAGGAGGAGGGCUCCGAACAAUUCAAAGACUGUGGGGGAAAUUACUUUCAUUUCUCAAAAUUCAAACCUUUAAAAUGUCCCAAGUGUAAGAUGACCUUUCUUCAUUAUUCUGAGCUUACUUCCCAUUGGAAUGUUCAUAUGAGGGAGAAGCCCCGGGAGUGCAAACACAUAAAAAGUUUUAUUUUGGACUCAGAACGUGCCUGCCACUAGAAGAGCCACACAGGAGAGGAACCAUUUAAAUGUGCCGUGUGUCGGAGAAGUUUCAGGUUGAAGACACAUCUCAUUAUUCAUCUGCGAACCCACAUGAAAAACACCAUAUCCACAAUUGAGACCAUGCACUCUGUAUGUCACGGUCUUUGCUUCUGGUGUCUCCACUCUCAGGAUAGAGGCCAUCAGUCAGCCAGAGCUUCAGGGUCUUGAAUCAAAAAGUGAGCCCUUCUGGAUUUUUCUUAAGCAGGUCUCUCUGCCUGCGGUGCUUUAAAUUGUGUAGAAUACAAAUCUCCAGUUAAAUUUCCUAUUAGCCAACUCAGGGAUAUAAUGAUCUUUGUUAAAUGUUAGCUAGGGCACUAUCCCUGCUCUUCUGCUUCUGCCUUUGGUGAGAGAAGCUGGCACAGUGCCUCAGCACAUAUUACGGGCUCUAUAAUUUAAGUUAAAGGCUGAAUAAAGAGUUGCAGGGUGGUGAAUGAACUUGGAAAAGAGGCCCCCCCAGCACAGCUCCUGCAGAAAGAAGGGAAGAGUACCUUAGAAGGCACUUGGGCAGAAUGGAGCAGACAUAAAAGAUGGAAGCUAUCAUCCUUUCCGUGCUCGUAAGAAAGUAUAUAGGAGCAAGGACUCUUAUUCUUCCCCACAAUGUGGAAAUUCAUUUUUCCAGAUGAGGCUUCCUUUACAAUUAACCUCAGUUUUUUGCAGUUUUCUUUUUUCUCCAGAUUUUGGAAGAUUGUGCCAAACCUCAAUAAAAGAUUAGAAAAAUAGCAUCUUCACAGAAACAUUAACAUAUACAUGUGUAUAACUAAAAUGACUUUUGGGUGGUAUAUGUUGUUAAUAAUUGCUGUGCAGAAAAAAAGGGAGGGGGAACAAAAAACCCUGAGUGUUGGUUACUGUGAAAAUGGCGACUAAGAGUUGAUACCUCAUUGUGCACUUGUACCUAAACAGAUUUGCUGGGUGUAAUUCAAGCUGCUCCGAGCCCAGAAAGUUGAAGGAAAAGGUCAGUGUCAAGCCACUGAGACUCACACUAUUUUUAUGAUGAUGGCUUUUUAACCUAUUUACAGUGCCAACUGAUGGACAUAGAUUCCACAAGAUUGCCAUUAAUUUAGAGAUAUUAUUAGCUUACCGCAUUAGGUGCUAUUAACAAAUACUGGAUAAAAAUUUAUAUGGGGAUGUCAAACUAAAUGUAAGACCUUAUUGUAUGAACAAUUGGUUAACUACAUUUUGCAGCAUAGACUUUUACUUUGCAGAACAGAAAGUUUGUGUUGAAGAAACUAACUCGUGAACAAAUUUCUUGUUUUUUGUUUUUGAUGCAGUGAACAAAAUGUGUACCAAGUCCUUAACAUGGUUCCUGCAUAUCAGGGUCUGCUAAACACUCAUCAGUGCUGAAAGACAUCAUUCCAAUGGAAUUCGGAUGUCAGGGUCUUAUAUUUUGUGUUUUAAAAAAUUGUGGAGUUUAUUUUCAAAGGAGUUUCACUCAGAAUAGCUUUUAGAUCUCUGUAUCUUCAGCUAAUGGUCUAUUCACAUCUCCCCAGUUAAUGCUGAAAGUGACUAACCCAAGAAUUCAGAAAAUUAAAUAACAUUUCACAAUGUUAUUUUGAACUUUUGUCUUUUGAGAUUCCAUAUAAUUAAGUGGCAGUGUUCUGAUGACUGCAGCAUAAAAUUUCAUGUAAUCUGAAACUUCAGCUUUUGCUCAAAGUUAUCUGCCAAUUUACUGCAUAUGUGGACAAAAUGAGAGCAUCUUGUUUAUGUGAACGAAGAGUCUAUUUUGAAUUGUUAAACUUGUUAUCCCUGUGGGAUUUCAGUAGGAAAGUGUUUUUGCUUUGACCAUCUGUUUUAAAAAGUAACCAAAUUAUGUUCAUUAUAAGUGCAUACCUGUUUCAGUUUUAUAGAUUGGGAAAGCUAUUGAUCUGAUACCAAGAUGACCAUUACCCAGCUUUCAAAGCUGUUUUUUUCCUUUUCCUUUUCAACUGUCACUCCUUUUAUUAACAGUCUAGGGCAGAGGAGGACACGACAUGUUUAUUUCUAUAACCUGAGAAAACGCUGCAGUCUCCAGUUCCUUUGGAUACCUCAGAAGUAUGUUAUAUGUGUAGUUCAACUGUUGAAUGUUUUAAUUUUAUGUUUUUGAUGUAUUCUCAUCAGUCUUACCUCUCGAUUGUAAGCUCUCAGUAGGCAGCAAUUAUGUCUGAGGUGCAAUUUGGUGUUUAAUAAAUGCUUUUU